AUGCAUGCUUUCCGGCUUGUUCAAGAAGGCGCUCCAAAAACAGCAGUAACUACGCUGCCGAUUGUCCAAAGGGCGUAUCCAGUUUAUAUUUUGGGUGCUAACUCUGGGAAGAGCGGCCCGCUUGGAGUUAGGCGGUGGGCCGCCAACCUGGACCAAUUGUCCGCACAAACGUUGCAGCGCCAGCAUCUGCAUAGACAUCAGAGGCAGUGCUUUCAGCAGCGACCGCCCCACGUAUUGGUUCAUAUCAAGUGCUUUCACAGAAGCGCGGACGACAGUUGUGUAGAGGUCUCAGCCGAACCAGCAAGGAACCCAAAAGAUCUUGUGAACUCAGGGGCUCUCCCUUCGCCAUGCCAAAGUCCCGUUCGCCGCAGCGAAUAUAAUGUUGACAAGCCUGUGUACGCGGAACGUGCCAGCAGCGACACAGGCAGCACUGCACAUGCAAGUAACCCCAGUCCUGCAGGUUCAUUGAAAACCUCACCUGUGGAGGCCAUGAGGGAGACGCCUCAGACGGUUGGAAGGCGCAGACGAUGCAUUAGGGUAGCUUGUAAUGCAGGAGAAGCUAGCAGCAGCAGCGACCCGCUUGCCGAUGUAAGGACAGGGGGUGUAGGACAGGGAGGGGAAAGGGGAGUAGGACAGGUGCGAGCGGGCAAUACAAUUGUGGGCCGCCGUCGCGGCCGAGCUGUACGCAUCUGUUUAAAGGCUGCUGCAGCAUGGCUUGGGGCUGUUCUGCCGCAAGUAUCCUCGGCAGAUGCAUCCAGGAAUUCCACUGUUGCUGCUGCUGCUAUGCUGGCACGCGGGGGACGAAUGGGCCGUUCUGCCCUCCCCUACGGUGCGGCAUCCGCUUCUGGUGCAGCGCAGCAAGGAUCAGGAUCAUGGCAUGGGUCAUACACCUCUUCUCAAACGGAAAAGCCUGAGCCCUCCCAGCCAGUUGGGGCGGAAGCCGCAGAUGGGGUAGCACCCGGAGAUAAAGUAUCAGCGACACAACCAGCAGCAGUUCCAGAUAUAGAGGCAGUGAACACACGUCAGUGUGCAGUAGAUAAUCCCCUUAUUGGUCGACGUAAACGGCAAAGGAGCUCUCUCGGUCCCUUGGGACAUCCCGGGGCGCCGGAUGUUACAUCGGGAGGUGCAAUGGAUUUCCAGUUCCCCAUCCUCUUCAACAAGGCUAUUAAGCGGCUGUUGAAGCCCCUGUUCCGCCGAACCUGGCAGCCUCGGCGCCAGACUUGUGGCCGCACAACUUCCACUUCUACACCAUCACCGGCAGCUGUUGCUGCAGCGGGGGGCGCGCGCAACAUUCAGAGGCUCCGGCUUCCCCCUCGUGUUUUGCUCCGGUCCUGGAGGCCUCUCAGCAAGGCACAGUCGGUAGGGGGGCAGCGGCAAGUCAUGCAUGGCCGGCAACAACAACCACAAACCCUGCAGCGGCAUUUGCUCCAAGAAAGCUCAAUCGUUGGAGAACAGAAGCGAGUGGCCGUAGCCACGCAACAGCUCAAGCAGCAGAAUGAGCAACAACAACAACAACAACAACAGCAGAAAGAGGACAAGCACGGCGCCUCUCCAGUAGCACAGUUAACAGCAACACAGGGGCGGGGAAAUGUGUUGGUGAGCAGGGCCACGUAUGAAGGGGCAGUACCAGUAGAUUUUGCUGCGAACGAGACUGCUGCUAGAGCCGGUUCAAGCACCCGAGAGGGACUCGAGGGCAGUGAUGGGAGGCAAGACUGGGAUGGGCCAAGGGACGCUUUGCCCAAUAGCGCGGAUGCAUUUGCGUCGGCCGUCUCACAGGAGCACAAGGAUGAGGAAAAGCAGCUGCUGAAGCACCCGAAAGAAGAGCAGUUCCAUGGAGAGACUAUGGCCAGGCCUCCUGCUGCGGAGACGCAAGCGCCCUUAAAGAAGUCGGUGGGGAGGGGGGCCUCACGCGCAGGUUCUAUGCGCCGACCCCGUCCAGUCUGCUUCGUGCAGCAGCGGGUUGGUGCACUUUACGGACAGUUGCGUUCUCUCCUUGCUCCGUAUUGCUCCACCGUCUCCGAAUGGACGUAUAGCAAUGGGAACGUGGUGGUGACAGUUGGGUCCUUGCUUUCUCUCACGGCUACCCUGAUGGCAGACAUGCGGCUUCUUCGGGUGUUUAAUCUGCUCGCAGGAUUUUGCUACUUUUCGUAUAAUUGGUCUCGACGACCCCGCCUCACAGAUGCAGCUUUGUGGAAUGUGGUGUUUUUGGUGCUGAACACGGUGAUGCUGUGGCGUGUCCAUACGGAGCACCGGGAGGUUUCUUUUAGCUCAGAUGAACUAGACAUAUUUCAGAGAUACUUCCUGCCUGCGGGGAUGAGCCCGAGGCAGUUCCGUCGUUUGCUGCGGCAAGGCAGUUGGAGGACCUUUCCUCAAGGUUAUGUUCUGCAGCAGGAAGACAGCAACUGCGAAACGUUGUGCUUUGUGGCGCGAGGAGCUGUCGAGAUAUCUCAAGGUGGAGAAAUAGUGGACACAUACAGAGGAGGCGAGACAGGAGCAGUCCUGGGUGUAGAACCAUUUCUUUCAUAUGUUGCUGACUUGAGGAGAAUGUCGGCGAAGCGUGUCAAGCACACAGCAGCAGGUUCUCCUGAGACACUGGCUAGCCAUGCGGACGAACCCCCGGAAGGUCUUCAGCGCCAUCAGCAGACAGAGCCGGCCUUCACGGCUAGGAACAAAUUUGAACAAGCAGCCUGUCCAAACCACAAGGAACCGCAGAGCGGCACAAAUAAAGGCGCAGAAAGAACUAAUAACCCUCAGAUGAUGGAGAAUACUGAUGGGGGAACAGCAUCAAGAGCAGCAGCAGUGACGGUAGCAGGUCAUGAUGCCGAUACCAGUCGCCAACAAAAGCAGCUACCCCGACAGAGUCUUUCACAAAAUUCACAGUCACCUUUGGACUUUCCACAACCAGGAAGAGCUACAAAGGCGCCUUCAGUUGCUACUGCUGGGUCUAAGGCAACUCCGGAUGCAGGAGGAGAAACCCAAGCGGGCAGCAGCAUCGUUGCUGCAGCUGCAGAGGCGGCAGCAACCGCGGCUGCAGCGGUGCGCACAGCUGCAGCGACGGCUCUUUUGACAGAACCAACGCACACACCUGACACGCAGCUGCCAGCGCGGGCUCCCUCAAAGGCGUCCACAGCCACCUCUCUUGUUCAUGGUGGGGUUUCCUCAGCUGCAGAAGGCGCACGGCACGUCGCCGAGGCAGCAGCAGCAGCUGCUGCAGCCGCAGUGGCAGCAGCAGCCGAUGCAGCUAGCUUGACUGAAACGUCACAAAACAGGAGAGGAAGCACAGAAAGAGGGCUUCAACGGCAACAGCCGGCACGCGAGCGCAGCCCGUCUUCAAAAGGAGAAUCAGACGACGCGGAUGGCCACAGAGGGGAGGGAGCUCUGAAGGCGCCUGCCACGGCUACGUGCAUGACAGAAACCACCGUCUUUUGCCUGGAUUUGAAAGAGUUGGCCGCCUUCGUGCUACGGGAACCCGGAAAUCUGGGGUUCCCUGUCGUUCAAGGGCUGACGUCCUUGUUGGUUGACCGCUCACGGGCCCAAGCAGCACGACUUGCCAUUCUUAGCUAUGACGCAUUCUUAGCCGGGGUAUUCGCUGACGGGGUCGUGCAGACCGGCGAACGGAAAAUGCUGGAGGAGUUUCGCAGGAAACGUGCCAUCAGUCAAGCGCAGCAUGAACAGGCCCUUGCCCGUCUGGGUUGGACGCCUGAAGAGUUCGAGAGAGGGUCUCAAGCGAGCACUGGCGUGUUGUCCCGCAUGGCAUUUGGACUGGGCUCCUUCUUGAGGGGCUCUCCAGGAUCUCAUGGAGCUGAUGAAUGCAGCGUGCAGCAGCCGCAUCAAGCAAACACCUCCGACAGGCCCAUUAAGGAUGGAGAUGCAUCUCAUCGCGUUCUGCCUCCUCCGUUUGAAGACUGGGAACUCGUUGAAGACGAACGGGCUGUCCCCCCGCAGCCGGCACCGGGGGGCAGACGAUCUGCGACAGGUGUAACUAGCACCGUAGAGGCCCAUUCCGGCAAGGAAUGUUUCGGAGACGCUGUUUCCUAUGCACUCGAAGCAGAAACAAUAUCAUUUCAUUAG